ACAAAAAAUUAAAAUCCAAAAAAAAAAGAACAAAAAAACUAAAAUUAACAAAACAAAAUAACAAAAAAAAGGAAUGCAUUUUUUCGCAAAUUUUUAAUGUGGAUGUUUGUAUUGUAUACUGUUUCCAGAGGCCAUUACAAUUUACAGAAUCCUUCCUACUCUUAAUCUGGUUGUACAAUGUAAUUUUGUAUCAGAUAAAGUUGAGUGUACACAAAAAGGACGGACGUACCGAUGGAGCCUCGUGCUGCCAAUUUAGACCAACAUCCAACACGCUUGACAGUUGACUUUAUCGAUUAUUUUAUCGGCAUUGAAGUCAAGGUUAUAUCAACAAUCAUCUGUAAACUAGUGGGGUCCAAUUUUUUCGACAGUCAUCAAAUUGACUACUGCUGAACUAGACCAGUUUAUUUAUAACUCGAAUUAGCUUCCGAGUAGAAGCUUGAAAUAGUUCGUCAAGAUUUCCUCAUUCAAUUCGACAUGGAUUCAGCUAACGGAAUUUGGAUUAGCAGCUUCUCCGUCUACACAGUGACCACCAUUUUGGCUACCAUCGUUGGUCUGGCUUUGAUGAAACGAUACCGUUUCAUGAAGCGAUGCGACAAACUCUACGGACCACCAACUGAUAUUCCGUUAUGGGGAGGUGGAUCACUGAUAUUUGUCCCACCAGAUGAAAUUAUGAACCUUCUCCUGGUGUUGCACAACAUCUUUGGCCGUAAGUCUGCCAGCGGGAUGGUACGCGCUUGGAUCGGUCCUUUGCCCAUGUUUUUUGCUACGACCGCUGAAGCUGCCGAGGUGGUGCUCAGUAGCCAAAAGAUAAUCACCAAGAGCCGCGAGUACGAAUUCCUCCACCCGUGGUUAAACACAGGCCUUUUGACAAGCACAGGUAGCAAGUGGCAAGGGCGACGUAAACUUUUAACACCGGCGUUUCACUUUAAAAUCCUCGAGGAUUUUGUGCAUGUGUUUGACGAACAAAGUCGAAUAAUGGUGAAUAAGUUGAAUCAAGCCGUGGUCAAAAGCAACGAGCUCAACAUCUUCCCGUUCGUUACGCUGUGCACUCUUGACGUCAUUUGCGAGACGGCCAUGGGAAGGAACGUUGAUGCUCAGAGUAAAACCGACUCCGACUAUGUUCAAGCAGUUUACAAUAUGAGCCAGCUUAUUCAGCACCGACAGAUAAGGUUCUAUUUAUGGUCGGACUGGAUGUUCAAACUGAGCUCGCACUGGCCAGAGCAGUGCAAAGCGUUGGAUAUUCUGCACGGAUUCACCAACAAAGUUAUUCGAGAACGGAAGUUGGAACAUCAACAAAAUAAAAGGCAAACUCCUGACAUCGUUGAGGAUUCUCAAAAAACGGAGGAUGCCUUUACGUCACCGAAGCGACGUCGCCUGGCAUUUUUGGAUCUUUUGAUUGAAGCGUCUAAAGACGGCACUGUAUUGAGCGAUUCUGACAUACGUGAAGAGGUGGACACAUUCAUGUUUGAGGGCCACGACACGACUUCGGCUGCCAUUACUUGGUCCAUUUUAUUGAUUGGAAGUCAUCCGGAAGUGCAGGAACUGGUUAACGAAGAAUUAGACCGUGUUUUCGGUGAUUCUGAUCGACCCGUUACAAUGGCAGAUUUAAAUGAAUUGAAGUAUCUCGAGUGUUGCAUCAAGGAAGCACUGCGUUUGUACCCGAGUGUUCCAAUCAUCAGCCGUACCUGUCAGGAAGAUGUCAUCAUAGGUGACGAUGAAAUACCUGCUGGUACUUCCGUAUCUAUUUGUCCGUAUUUCUUGCAUCGCGACCCUAAAUACUUUCCAGAUCCGGAGCUCUUCCAGCCCAAGCGUUUUCAAGCGGAGAACUCGGAGAAGCGCCAUCCUUAUUCGUACGUCCCUUUCAGCGCUGGACCAAGGAACUGCAUCGGUCAACGCUUCGCUCUGCUGGAAGAGAAAUCCAUCAUUUCGGCUGUAUUCCGCAACUUUCACGUCCGAUCGCUGGAUAAAAGAGAGGAAAUUAUUCUGAUGGCGGAAUUGAUUCUACGUCCCCGUGAUGGCAUCAGAGUUCAUCUUGAACCCAAAAAGAAGCAAUUAAUAUGGAAAAGAAAUUAUUAAACUUAAACAAAGCUGUUAAGAUGGCGCUAAUGGGAGGACUUCGGAAAUCAAUGGGAAUUUCUUUGUUAAUUUUAUGCGACCAUUUUAUCAUAUGCAAAUUCAUAGAACGUGUAGAGACGAUUACCUUGGAUGCAACGUGCAGAUUCUAAUUAUUUGAUACAUAACGAAUUUUUCAUUUCAUUAAAAAUGGUGUAAAAAUACUGUACGACAAAAUAUAAAAUACGAUGGA